GAGGGGCCGCGGCCAGGCGGUGCCCCGCCCCGGAACCGCCUCCGAACUGGGGCGGGGCGGGAGGUGAAUACGUCCGCCGCUCCUUUGCACCGCAGUCGCCGAAAGCGGUGCGGGAGCCGGGAGGGCGGCGCUCGGCGUUUGAGAGCGGGGGGAAGCGGCUGAGGCGAACGCGGUCUCGCCCGGCGGGUUCUCGGCUGCCGGCGCGAAGGGCCGCGCUGGGAGGAGAGCAAUGAACGACUGGGCGCCCAUAGCAAAGGAGUAUGACCCCCUCAAAGCGGGCAGCAUCGAUGGCACGGAUGAGGAGCCCCAUGACCGUGCCAUCUGGAGGGCCAUGCUGGCGCGUUACGUCCCCAACAAGGGCGUCACCGGAGAUCCUCACCUCACCCUGUUCGUAGCGAGGCUCAAUCUUCAGACAACAGAGGAGAAAUUAAAGGAGGUCUUUUCCCGCUACGGAGACAUCAGAAAGAUCCGUCUGGUUCGAGACUUGGUCACAGGAUUUUCCAAGGGUUACGCGUUUAUUGAGUACAAAGAGGAACGUGCUCUGCUGAAGGCCCACAGAGAUGCAAACAGGCUGGUUAUUGAUCAACACGAGGUCUUUGUAGACUUUGAACUGGAAAGAACUCUCAAAGGAUGGAUUCCUCGGAGGCUCGGAGGUGGUUUCGGAGGCAAAAAAGAAUCUGGGCAGCUGCGGUUCGGAGGACGGGACAGACCUUUCCGGAAACCCAUCAAUUUGCCAAACAUGAAAAAUGAUUUCUAUGGAGAAGGCUCAGCAGAAAAGAGAAACUGGUCCCGAGAGGGAACAAGGGACUGGAGAACAAGAGACCGAGAGCAUGAAAGGAACAGAGAGAAGAGAGGGCCAGAAAGAGAGCGGUCAUGGGGUUGGGGUGACAGUGAGAGAGAGAGGGACUCGAAAGAGGAGAGGAGCAGAGGGAGAGAGAGGAAGGACAGGGACAGAAAAGACAGAGAGAGAGACCGGAGCAGGGAAAGAGAUACCAAGAAGCAAAGAGAUGAUGAUAAGCAUCGAUAGCUGGCAGCACCUUGUCUUAAGGGGACGAUGGGAAGUUUGGGUAUGGUGACUACUCGUCUCUCUCCAGAGUAGCAUGAGCCAUGCGCUACUGCCCUGACUGCUGGCUGGGGACCUACCUCUGCUGUCAUGGUGAAUGAACUGGUAUGGGGGAGGUGAUGCAGCAGGUUCUGGCAUCCACAGUCUCUGGAAAAAGCUGUACCCUCUGGAGGAUGUGGACGUGAUGCAGUUGUAGAUGUCACCUUCAGCUUGGGGCUGGGAGCUGCAUUCCCCAGACAAGCAGCGUUCAUGUUAUUAUCUUGUGCCUUUGAGUUCUACCUGUUAGAAGCUCUCUGUAGUGUGGUUCCUAGUGCGGAUAAGAUACCUUUUGUUGAAUUGUUCUUCAGAGAGAUUAAACUUUUCUAUUAAUGUUUUGAA